AUGGCGAUGGAGCUUGAGCACGCGAUCGGGUGCAAUGUGGGUUUCACGGAAAUCGCGCAUUGCCACCCGAACGGCUCCCACUACGUCUACGCGAUCGGCGCCCAGGUCGUUGCCAGCAGCAUCGAAGAUCACCACGACCAAAAGUUCUUCCACGGCCACGAUGAUUUCGUGACGUGUGUAGCGGUAAGCCACGAUGGGCGCAUGAUUGCGAGCGGGCAACAGGGGAAAAGCGCCGAUGUGCUCCUAUGGGAUUUCCGCACCCCAGGGGACCAGCCACUGUUCCGCUUCCAGGAGCACGACUAUGGAAUUACGUACUUCGAGUUUUCAUGACAUUUUUGUUGAGCAUUUGCAUUCCUCAGUGACGAGUAGGAAUAAAAGCGCAAGACAUCUUACCCAAACUCCAUCACAGGCGAGUUGCAUUUUCCCACGACGACACGCUCCUCCUGUCUAUGGGGUUUCGUGAUGACGGGCGCCUUUUCGCAUGGGACACACAUACCGGGCUGAUUGUCGCAUGGGUGUCGCUGGAAACCAACCCCCUCGUUUGUACAGUUUGCUUUAAGCUUUCCUGUCGAUCAAAUUUUUUUUGAUAGUCUUGUAUAGGCAUAGGAGAUUGCGUCAAUUGAAAACCGAUCCUCACACACUGAUUUUCGCACCGCUUUUUCUGAGCGGGCGCAAUUAUUCUGAAACAGCUUGCCUGCUGCAGGGGCAGUUCGUACGAGACAUCAAGCGCAGGGACACGCCGUUGUACCAGUUUGCGUCAUGCGGAGCGCAAAUUGUCACUGUCUGGAACGUCGACACCGGCAACGGGGCCUUCCACCAAAAUAACGUGCAUGCAGCAGGUGCGAUACUUCAACUUCUUCGUACUUGGAGGAGGCGGCAGAAACGAAAUGAAGUCGCUUUCAUAUGGAAGGAUCGAUGUCAUGCUGCGAAAGAUUCUCCACAACUUGAAACGCCAGUAAGUUUGCAUUGAUUUUCAAAAUUUUUCAGAUAAGACGCGGCGCGAAUACACGGCCCUGACGUUCUCGUCAGACUUCGAGUACUUGUACGCGGGCACGACGACGGGCGACAUUGCGUGCAUUUUGAUGAAAAGCAGGGUGAUCCAGAAGUACAUUACGGCCGUUUCAAACGUGUCCGCAAUCCGCUCCCUGGCCACGAUCACCACACCCGAUAGCGCGAGCGAGACUCUUUUGGUCGGCGGAACCAGUGGUGCGCUCACGCUCUUCACCGGUGCAACGUGGAGCGACCUAAUCGAUACGGAUCAGAUAAGACUGGACUCAGCUGUUUCAUCCGUCCGUGCCUGUGCAAGCACAUCAUCUAGUAGCGCGGCCGCAGACGACGCUGUGAGCAGAGCGGACGAGGCCCUCGUGACCACCGUGACUGGGAGCAUCUUCCGUGUUAUCCUGAGUAAAAACGUACCCACACCAGAGUCAGGAUGGGGAAUCUGCUAGACAAAUCAGCCAGCUUUGGUUGUUUGGCAUGACAAGUUUGUCCGCGUAGUGUAGUGCUGUUUGAGCUAGUUUGGCAGCAUUACAGAUUGGAGCAUGACAAAUUUCAAAACCGCACUAGAAAAUGCUUCUCAUGGGGCUCCGCAUGAGAAACAUUUUAAGCAUGCAGAGACAGAUGCAUGACAACUACGGUGUGGGUACGUUUUUACUCAGGAUACGUGUGAAGACGAAGUCGCUAGCCUUCUCUACCUACGCGCAUAACCCCGCCGGGGCGCUGACCCACGUCACUUUUCCGUUCUCGAGUUGCGAUAGGAUACUAACGUGUUGCGCGGACGGCAACGUCAUUUUAUGGGACCUGAACGACUACACGGCACAAGUGAGAUGCACGGAGAGGUAAGCUAGCUGCUCCUUCGCACUAGGUGUGAAAAAGAUCUUCUUUUGCCGACACAACUCGAAAGCUAAGUCAAAGCUGUGCUUGGUGUCCGUUGAGCCACUGUGUUAUCAGAGAAUGUGUUGCAUGUUAGGCUUGAGUUUAUUUUUUCCAGGAAAUAUAGAUGACAAAAAUGCGAAAACAGGGCCUCUCCGGUGCCGACGUGUGGUGUUGGGUCUGCGGACAUCAUUGUUGCUGGCUACGAAGACGGCAAAAUAAAAGGAUUCGAUGCUGUGCAGGGAGCGGGGCUCUGGAAGGUGCCAGUUUGUUGCUGAUAAGCGUUUCUAGUCGAAGUUUGCAAAAGCGAACCUGUUCUACAUAUUCCUAGAUUAUUGCAACCAUAUCUUUAUCUUUUCAGUCCUUAGAGUUGCUUUUCGUAAACAGAUCGACAACACGCACAAGAAGGGUGUUUCCACCUUAGCUCUCGCACGGAACAUGCGGUUCGUGGUCUCUGGAGGAGUGGAAGGCGAUCUGCGGGUGUGGCUAUCGCACAGAAGAUUACCAGGCUGGAUGCCCACGUUGUUUGCGAAAUGCUGAGAGUGAAAGCAAAUUCAACACAAAAAAAUUCUCUAUCGCGCGAUCUCAUAAUUUAUUGCAUAGCAUGGUACGUAUGGAUUUCUUCUCGUAUCUAUUGGCUUAUACCUGAGAAAUGAAAUCACGCAUGUGUAAUCUUCAGUAUGAUAGUAGGAAACCAAAACCAAGGAGAUGAUCACGCACAUGAAGGAGCACGUUGGGCGCAUCAAUCAAACGGAGCUUUUUACCAACGACCAAUACGCCAUAUCAUGCAGGUGCCAUCGUCUGUUUGCUUUCUUGACUUCGUAAUGAAUCCUUAAUUUUCCUUUGCACAACCCGUGUUUUUCUUGCGCCGGCGAGGCAACGGUAAUCAACGCCGACACCUGAAAAAAGAAAAUCCACUCAACAGCCGUGAUCGUUGUCUGCUCACCUGGGAUCUUCGCGCCGAGCGCCGGCUGACCAUGCACCGCGAGAAGCAUGGAGGACUAAACGGGUUGGUCAUGGCAUCCGACCAAACCACGGUGGUGACGGCCGGAAUGGAAAAAACCAUGACAUUCUGGGAUCUGAGGCAACAGGACGCCUCCUACUACAUCGACGUUCCGGACGAGGAGCUUCUGGCACUAGACAUGAGCCACAACGAAAAAUAUUUGGUCACGGGAGGUAGAAGAUUUCUUGACCUUUCACGUCGAAUAUCUCUCGGUGCAGAAGCACUUGUUCGCAGCAAUGCAAAUGAUGCUGAAGAUGCAGUACGAGGAUAGAGAAGGCCGCAAUCACAAUGCAUAUCAGAAUUUUACCAAAUCCAAAGGUACUGGCCAUACAGUGAAGCUUUGGGAUCUGCGCAACGUCCAGCAGGGUCCGUUGAGCGUCGGCAGCGGACACAGCCGCGAUAUUGUCAGCGUGAAAUUCGCGGAGGACGACAAGCAAGCGAUUUCCGCCGCGAAAGACCAUUCGAUCCUCGUACUAAGUGGAAAAAUGUCUGCAGCAAAAAAAAUCAAAAUUUUUGGUAGUGCAGUUUGUGCCCUUCUCUUCUCGCCCGGACUGCAGCGCGCUGGUGCGUGCCGUGGCCUCCAUGCUGGGGAACUUGACCGAGGUGCUGUACUCCAUUCCUGCUGCGUCGUUUGGUCGAAGCUCCCGCGCGAGCUUGAAGGCCCCCUAGUAGUCAGCCCAAGCGUUCGUCCUCAUCCUUCUCGUUCUGGAAGUAAGUAGUUCCUUUGCCCAUGCUCCUGUCCAGCAUGCCGCAACCCUCAGCCAGGUAUUUGGGCGUGAAGCCCCUCCCGCCAAAAGUGGCAAUUUGUAAUGCGCGUUUCGCAUUACAAAUGGCCAUCUUUUGUGACCCGUCUUGGGCUCGCUCUCCGGGCCGGGUCACAAAUCUGAGCCCCUGCAUCAGCAGAAUUGGGUGCUGUGAAGGUUCAGAUUUGUGAUGCCAAAAGAGGCUCCGCCAAAAACGUCUGCACCUCGACUAUGAGGUCCCCAAGUGGAGGCGCAGACGUUUUUGGCGAGGGGGGGGGAAAGUGAGGCUGAUAGCCCGCGUUUGUCUGCGCCGCCAAAAACGUCUGCACCUCCGAAAUUGGCCUCCAGAUGAGGUGUCUUCGGACACCUCUUCGGAGUCCUCCCGAGUCGCGGACCUUCGGGGCGACAAAUUGCGGCCGCCCUUUUCGCAGGGCCCCGACCUGUAUCGGGCUGAAUUUGCAGGCAAAAGCCUGCGAUUUGAGCUCAUCCCCGAGUCGGCCUCCUCCGAGGCCGCGAGGUUUGAACCAAAAGCGAGCCUCUUGGUCAGCAAAUUCAACCCAUUCUCAAACAAGACAUGUACGCGGUAAAUCGUCAGGAAUCAGGAGGGGGUGUGGGAACUUGAAGAACUACAACUGCGAACCCGGGUGGACGACGCCCACCGAUACCGACGUACCUAGUCCCCCGGUGGCUGAGUUGUCUCCUCUGCUUCGUCCGCCGAGGCCUUGCCGGAAUACCUGGCCUACCCAUUUCCUUGAUUUUGUUUCAUUGUGAAAAAAAAUAAACAUACAAGCAGGCGCCCGAAAAGGUAGGAUACAAAAAUUUUGAUUUUUUUAGCUGCAGACAUUUUUCAGUUUAGUACCUCGUGUGGAACAUUUACGACAAGUCAGCGUGAAAUUCGCGGAGGACGACAAGCAAGCGAUUUCCGCCGCGAAAGACCAUUCCAUCCUUGUUUGGAACAUUUACUUCAAAAAAGAAAAUUUAAGAGCAGGACGAUAAUUCAGUUUUUUGGGUGUGUGUCCACAGCGAGCCAGCUAGCCAAAAAAACGGGCGAGAACCCGCACCAUACGCGACCAACAUGCCGCGAGUCGUGCCUCCUCGCAAAGUCGCGAUCGACCGACGCACAGCUCACAGUGAGGGAGGGGGGGGCGCCCAUUCACCGCUUGAAGGGGCGCAAGGGGCUCCCGGUAGAGUAAGUCGCGUCGCAGUAUCGUUGGCCCAAAUGUGGCGAGCGUCACAGCCGGCAACUUUGAUCGCGCGGCCUGCAGGUCUCGGCUCAGGACCAGGAGUCUCCUUUCACCCUUUGCCGCGCAAAGGGUGAAAAGGGACUGUGGAUAGCAAGGCACGACGCAGUACCUUGAGCCAAAAGUGCUCAAGGUCUGCGUCCGCGACUUCGAUCGAGUGGUCCACAAGUCUCAACUCCGGGCUUUUUCUCCCCUUUGCCUCGCGAAGGGUGAAAAGGGACUCAGGAUAGGAAGUCACGACGCAGUACCUUGAGCCAAAAGCGCUCAAGGUCCACGUGUGUGACAUUGGUCGAUUGGCACACAAGUCUCAAUUAGGAGCCUCCUUGCUUUCUUUUCCCCGCGAAGGGUGAAAAGGGACUCCAGGUAGCAAGUAGCGGCGUAGUACCUUGAGCCAAUUGUGCUACGCUGCGCGACCCGCAUCGUUGUGCGCUUGAUCCACAAGUCUCAAUUAAGUACUUUCGCAAGAAAUCGUCUGCCUUCUCCAGCAUUCCGUGGUGAGUAAAGUUCUACAGCUAGUAUUUUGAAUCAGGUGAACUAGAUCUGUAGAACGUUAAACACCAUGGCGCGCUGCGCCUGGCGCUUUUGCAGCGCCAUCACUUGCAAUAAAAUCCUCGCGGUUGGCGUGGGCGCCGAUCGCGAUGAUUUUCUGGUGACCCGUGAAAUUCGCGGAGGACGACAAGCAAGCGAUUUCCGCCGCGAAAGACCAUUCCAUCCUUGUUUGGAACAUUUACGACACGUAAAGUCCGAGGCGGUCGGAAUCUGGAUGGCGCUCGCAGUCUCGCAACGAUAAUCUGUAGCUCGAAAGAGUCUUCUCAGUCUUCUUUUUCAAUUCAAAAGCACGUAGUGGGUAGCUCAACAACAAAGUUUUAAUCAGAUCAAACUAGUAUACGAAGAGAUUCUUGUACUUGUAGUGGAUAUUUACGUAGCACAUUAUUACCUGGCUCGAUGUAGAAGGACCAGGCGAGGACUUUCGCGUUCAGCUAGAAAUGCCUGGACAUCAUUUUCAUUUUGUUACUAGAGCCUUGCACAAGGAGCAGACUGUCUUCCUGGACCGAUUCUCAAGUGCUCAUCGAAUAGAUGAAGAAGGAUGUCAGUUGUUUUUUGCACUUGCAGUUGCACGACAGACGAAAACACAAUGCGCGGGAAAAGAUGAGACUGCAGCACCACACAAAUGUCCAACUUUUCGAUUGCUAUCGAUCUAGUUGCGAGCCGGUCGCUGCAGGAAGGUGGUCUGGUGUUUUGAUUUCUUUGCUUUUGUACAGCAUGCAAGGUUCGAGCUCGCAGAGCCAGAAGCAGCGUAGCAG